CUCUGGCUUCCGUUGCUGCCGCGUUUCAGACUAGAGGCAGUUCUGUCAACAUGGCGGGUACCCUGAGCCUCUUGCUCGCUGGGCGCGUCCGCGCUGCCGUCGCUUGCUGUGGUUUCGCUACCCGAGGGGUGGCAGGCCCAGGCUCUAUCGGCCGCGAGCCGGACCCCGAUUCCGACUGGGAACCGGAGGAGCGGGAGCUGCAGGAGGUGGAGAGCGCCCUGAAACGACAGAAAAGAGCCAUCCGGCUCCAGAAAAUUCGGAGGCAAAUGGAGACGCGUGGUGCUCCGCCCAGGACUCUGACGAGGGAAGCCAUGGAGCAGAUCCGGUAUUUACAUAAGGAAUUUGCAGAGUCCUGGUCAGUUCCCAGAUUGGCUGAAGGCUUUGAUGUUAGCACCGAUGUGAUCCGAAGGGUUUUAAAAAGCAAGUUUGUACCCACAUUGGAGCAGAAACUGAAGCAGGAUCUAAAAGUCCUUAAGAAAGCUGGGCUUGCCCACUCACUCCACCGGCUUCCAGGCUCUGGGGAUACCUGGAACCUGCUUUCUGCAGGCCACUCCAUGUCAGGAGGUGAAGCUUCAUGCCAAGGCCAGGGUGACAGCACAGCUUUGAAGGUGAUAAGACCGAAUACUCACAGUACAUACGCACCAAGGAGACAGAAGGGGAGGAGUCACGGAACCCAGAGCCCGGAGAAGGAAAGCUGUGUGCCUGCCGCAGCAGCCCGAGGUCAUCAGAGAGAGCUGCAGAAGCAUCCCGCCACCAAUUGUGAGGCUACCAGGGGAACCGGCAGUGAUGGGUUGCCAAGUGCAGAUGAGCUGGAAGAGUUGAAGGCAGGAGAGCUGGGUGGCCGGAACUUCAGCAGCAAAGUAGUGCAGCGGGGUCGAGAGUUCUUUGACGACAACGGGAACUUCCUGUAUAGAAUUUGAACUGGAGCCUGACUUGUGGAGAUGCUGCGUGAAACAUAGCUGGGCAACCAUAUUUUAGUUGCCUGGAUUUCUGUGUAUGGAUUAUCCACCUUGGAAUAAGAGGAAGUGACGAGUCUGGCAGUGGAGGAGAGAGUGCUUGGAUUUCCAUCUGACAAGGGGCAGUGGACUUCACAGGGCAGAUGUAUAUGGGGGCGGCGGCAGUGUGAAUGACUGGCUGGGUACGGUACAGCUUCCUGACCCAUGUGGAUAUUCAAUACUUACCUUCUUGCUUAGGCUUUGUGUCCAAACCAGCCUGUGUUGCAUGUGUUAGGAGUUUCUGUUGUACUUGCAAAAUAUAUUUGGGAGGAAUUGAAAAGUUGGCCUUCUGACAUUGUUUGGUUCUUGAUUAACGAACACUAACAGUUCUGGUACUGCUUAGUCAAUUGGUUGUUUUCAUUAUGUGCAAAAUAAA